CGUCUGUGCGUCGCAGAGCAGGGCUACCAACAUAAUAUCCCGCCGCGACGCAAAAUUCUACAGAAAUCUCCGUUUAAUCUGGGCAAAAAUAAAACAAUAUCGUGAUUUUCUACAAUGACGGACUUAAAAUCUAAAAGAUAUGAAAAGUCUUUAGGAUUAUUGACCACAAAAUUCAUGUCAUUACUGCAAAAAGCCAAGGAUGGUGUUUUGGAUUUGAAAACCGCCACUAAUUUGUUAGCUGUGAGACAAAAAAGAAGAAUUUAUGAUAUCACUAAUGUGUUGGAGGGAAUCGGUUUGAUUGAAAAAAGGAGCAAGAACAGUAUACAAUGGAAGGGUGCAGGUCCAGAUUGCAAAACAACUGAUAUUGGACAAAAAGUUAUGGUUUUGAGAAAACAAAUUGGGCGGCUCGAUGAACAUGAAAGACUGCUUGACAAACAGUUACAUUGGAUUGAACAGAGCAUAAAGAAUGUGCUGGACGACACAGACAACAGUGACCUAUGUUUUGUUUCCGACAAGGACAUACAUGACUGUUUCGAAGACAGCCAAGUUUUAGUAUUAGAAGCACCGCUGGGUGCUGAUUUAUCUGUAGGAACUAUACCGUCUAAGAGUAAGCAGAAAUAUACAAGUGAAAAUCGACAGACUUUGGUGGCAAAACACAGCAAAAAUGAUCAAGAACAGCAGUAUUUUUUACAUUUAAAAUCAACAGAAUCUAUUGGAGUUAUACUUUUAAGUGAUAAUGAUAGUGAUAGUGACAAGGAAAUGGAUGACGAUGCAAGUAUGGAUGAUCUUGAGGUGCAGAAAUACACAGACGGAAAAAGUGCAGAUAGUGUGCAUGCCAACAAUUACCUGCUGAGACUGAGUCCACCAGUAACUAAAUAUGACUUCUCCUUUUCUCUCUAUGGAUCAGAAGGAUUGUGUGACUUAUAUGACAUCCCUGUUAAUUGUAGUUUAUAGGCCUUUACUCAACUUUGUUUUAAAGACAUUUUUUAUUACU